AUGUCGACGUCAACUGAAAGCCCUGAUACACCUACAACUUCUCAACCUCUUCUACCCAAACAGACGUCAUUCGUCGUAAAUGAUCUUGAAGAACGGAUAAGAGAAAGUGCACGAAUUGCGAGUCCAAAAAGAGCUCCUAGUCUACCGGAUCCUCGAAUUCUGUCGGAUCUCGAAACGCAUACGAAGGAAAUUGUGGGAAACAUCGAUACAAUGCUUUGA